CGGAGCGGCGGGGCCAUGGCGGCGCCGCGGCUGCAGCCGGAGCCGGAGCUGGCUCGGGAGCUCUUCUUCGAGGGCGCCGCGGUCGUGAUGCUGGGCGUGCCGGAGGGCACCGAGUUCGGCAUCGACUACAGCAGCUGGGCCGUGGGCCCCCGGUUCCGCGGCGUCAAGAUGGUCCCGCCGGGGGUGCACUUCGUGCACUGCAGCGCGGUGCGGGCGGGCGGCGGGCGGGAGGCAGGGCCCCGCACCGGCUUCUUCCUCAGCCUGCAGCGGCGGGAGGUGCGGGUGCUGCGCUGGGACGCGGCCCGAGAGGCGCUGGUGCCGGCGGCGGCGGGCGCGGGGGAGGCGGAGGCCUUCCGGGAGCGGCUGCCGGAGCUGGACCCGUGCCUCGGGCCCUACCCGUACGGGGCGCUGAAGAAGUGGAUCUCCCUCACCAGCUUCAUCGGCGAGGCGGCCGUGGAGAGGCUGCAGCCGGAGAGCGGCCAGAUCUGCGCCUUCGCCGAGGUGCUGCCGGUGGCGGCCGGGCGGCACAGCCGGGAGCGGGCGGAGCAGCGCCUGCCGCCCGUGGACACCGAGUGCCGCAGCUACGCCGAGGGCAUGGCGAGGCUGCCCCGCAUGGAGCCCCGCGCCGGCACCCGCAUCAGGUUCACCGAGCUGCCCCAGCAGAUGUACCCGGACGGCGCCAGCCCGGCGGAGAUCACCAGGCACAGCAUGGACCUCAGCUACGCCCUGGAGCGGGUGCUCCGCCAGCGCUACGCCGCCCGGCCCCUGGAGCUGCUCGCUGAGCUGCAGUUUGCUUUCAUCUGCUUCCUGAUCGGCAACGUGUACGAUGCCUUCGAGCACUGGAAAAGGCUCUUGAACAUCCUCUGCCGCUCUGAGGAGGCCCUGGGGAAGUACCCAGAGCUGUUCAGCAGUCUCAUUUCUGUGCUCUAUCACCAGCUCAAUGAAAUCCCAGCUGAUUUCUUCGUGGACAUUGUCUCCCAGGACAACUUUUUAACCAGCACCUUACAGGUGUUUUUCUCCUGCAGCUGCAGUGAUGCUGUUGCUGCACCCCUAAGGACCAAGGCUGAGAAGUUCAAGGCUCACCUCACAAAGAAGUUCAAGUGGGACUUUGAGGCAGAGCCUGACGACUGCGCUCCUGUCGUGGUCGAGCUUCCCGAGGGGGUGCAGGUGGACUGAGUGAGAUGCCCACUUGGGAACCACCACCAGCUCCUUCUCCACAUCCUCUCCAACCCUGCCAGCUUCCUAAAGCCUGUGUCUGUAGCUGAUUUCUCUUUCUGCUGCAGAAGCAGCUGUGGAACACCCAGGAGGAUUUGUGCCUGUGUGAGGAGAGAGGAUCCCCAGAGGGGUCUGAGCGUUGCCACUUGGCUGCUUGGACACCUCGGGUACAACCCCAGCUCUGCUGCAGCAUCUCCUCAUUCUCUGCUCAGCUGCUCCCUGCUCCCUUCUCUCCUCCUGGGCUGGAGCUGACACUAUGCAGAGCAGCUGUGGUGUACACUUGCAGCCUUUGCUGCUUCCUGAGCGAGGAGUGUGAGCCCCACGAGUGCUGAAGGCAGCUCCUGAAGCCAGGCUGUGGGCUGGGAAGUUGUGCACUGCAGGGCUGUGACCACAGCUGAGGCCAACUUGUGCUGGGUGCUCCUGCUGCUUCCUGUGACUCACUGCAGGGCUCAGAGCCACAGCCCAGGUCUCAAACCCCUGCCACUGAGCUCCCUUGUUCCUGCCAGGCUGCUGAAGGCUUCUGUGGUUGCUGCCUGCCAUGAAGGGAAGGUAACAGUUUGGUAACCAGCAGUGGGAGUUAGUGGGCAGUAGGCACCCGAGUCUUGAAGCAGGAGGCUGCUGGAACACUGCAGCAGGUUAAUGCCCAGCCCUGGAGAUACCCAAGGUGAGGCUGGACAGGGCUGUGGGCAGCCUGCUCUAGUGCAGGGGGUUGGGCUGGGUGAGCUUUGCAGGUCCCUUCCAGCCCAUUCUGUGCCUGUGAGGGUCAGCAUGAGAUGAAAGCUCAGCCUUGGCCAUGGUCUGGAUCCUCUCUGGAGCUGGCACUGGGCACCCUGCCUGCUUCACUGCUCCACAGUGCCCACGGGCAGGCUGCAAGGGGACUUGUGGAGCUCCUGCAGAGCUGCACAGGGCCUGGGGCCUGCCAUGCACCCUCCCAGCUGCUGGACUGGGACUGUGCCUGUGUGUCCUUGGGAGCUCAGAAUCACUGUCCAGGGAGCCCUGCCCCCAGAGAACAUCCCUGUCAGUGCCCCCUGGGUUGUGUAGCCAACCCUUGGUGUGGUGCAGGGAGCUGCCCAGGCACUGCUGCCUUCCCAGUGGCCAGUUGGGACAAUCCAUUUGAAAUGAAUGUGCCCAGCUUGGGUGCAAGGUGGCUGGAUGCAAGGUGGCACUGCAGGUUGCUGGCUCUUGGCACCAACCCUGGUGCUGGUUCUGUUGCUGUGGAGCAGCAAACUCAGCUGAGCACAGCUUAGGUGUUGAGAUGCCAACUCCAUGCCAUGGCUCAGCUGCACACUGAGGGGAGAGGGAGGCUGGCACACAGCAGCUGCAUACUGAGGGGAGAGGGAGGCUGGCACACAGCAGCUGCACUCUGAGGAGACAGGGAAGCUGGCACAGCAGCUGCACACUGAGGGGAGAGGGAGGCUGGCACACAGCAGCUGCACACCGAGGGGAGAGGGAAGUGGCACACAGCAGCUGCACACUGAGGGCGGAGGGAGGCUGGCACACAGCAGCUGCACACUGAGGGCAGAGGGAAGCUGGCACACAGCAGAUGCACACUGAGGGCAGAGGGAAGCUGGCACACAGCAGCUGCACACCGAGGGGAGAGGGAAGCUGGCACACAGCAGAUGCACACUGAGGGCAGAGGGAAGUGGCACAGCAGCUGCACACUGAGGGCAGAGGGAAGCUGGCACACAGCAGCUGCACACAGGGCAGAGGGAAGCUGGCACACAGCAGCUGCACACCGAGGGGAGAGGGAAGCUGGCACAGCAGAUGCACACUGAGGGGAGAGGGAAGCUGGCACAGCAGCUGCACACCGAGGGGAGAGGGAAGUGGCACACAGCAGCUGCACACUGAGGGCAGAGGGAGGCUGGCACACAGCAGCUGCACACUGAGGGCAGAGGGAAGCUGGCACAGAGCUGCUGCACACUGAGGGCAGAGGGAGGCUGGAGGGGAGCUGGCCCUGCUUGGCCCUGUGCUUGCUGAUCACUUGGGCAGCAGCUGUGGCAUGAGCACUGCCUGCCCCAGGCGCAGUGCACGCUGCAGUGGCAGUGCCAAGCCCAGGGUGGGUCCCUUGCCGCCUGCGAGCUGCUCUUCCGUUUGCUCCUUUCCCCAGCGGCUCGGGGGGCAGCGUCUGGGCAUCCCCCGAGCCUGGAGCUCCUCACCCUGCCUGGGGCCUCGGUGCUCUGUGGCGCCCAGCAGUUGGCCCUGGGCGCUCCAGGGCUCUGGAAUGUGCUUCCCUUUGUUUCCCAGUGCCGAAAUAAAGGCUGUGAGUGUCCCGUC